AUGAAGGUGUCGAAGAAGAGGAAGUUCGUGGCUGACGGUGUUUUCAAUGCCGAGCUGAACGAGUUCCUGGCACGAACCCUCGGCGAGGAUGGCUAUGCUGGCGUGGAGGUCCGUGUGACGCCGAUCCGCACGGAGAUCAUCAUCCGUGCCACCAGGACCCGGGAGGUUCUGGGCGAGAAGGGUCGACGCAUUCGGGAGCUCACGGCCCUGGUUCAAAAGCGCUUCGGCUUCCCAGAGAACAGCGUCGAGCUCUUCGCGGAGCGAGUGGAGAACCGCGCAAGCUGUGCCAUGGCACAGUGCGAAUCUCUUCGCUUCAAGCUCAUUGGCGGCCUCGCAGUCCGGCGCGCAUGCUACGGAGUCUUGAGGUUCAUCAUGGAGAACGGCGCGAAGGGCGUCGAGGUCAUUAUCAGCGGGAAGCUUCGCGCCCAGCGAGCCAAGGCGAUGAAGUUCAGGCAGGGCUACUUGAUCUCCACGGGUGAGCCGAAGAGGCACUACAUCUCGGAGGCUGUCCGUCACGUGCAGAUGCGUCAGGGCACUAUUGGAAUCAAGGUGAAGAUCAUGAUGUCCCACGACCCAGAGGGCAAGAUGGGACCUAAGAUGCAGCUGCCCGACAACGUCAUCGUGCAUGAGCCCAAGGACGAGGCUCCACCGAUGAUGCCUCCGGCAGAGGACCAGGGCUACGGCAAUCAGGGCUACGACGACAACCAGGGCUACUGA